AUGUAUGAAACAUUUGGGCAGGUGUCCUUACUUCAGAACAAGACAUCUGAUAAAAACGGUUUGGUACCUAAUACUGAAUCUGAUAAAGCCUCCAAUGUCCUACGAGACAUUCUGAAUCAGGAGAGUCUUGUCCGCUUCUCUAUGGUACAAAGAAUUCAGGGCUUGGUUAUGGAUGCCAUGGACAAUAGAAACGAUCAGAAAAUUCUACAGACAAAGCUCGGGAGUGUUAUAAAUGAAAUACAGGAUCUGGAGUUAAAAGACCAGAAAAUUAAAGCAGAAAACUUGGAACUAAAACGAGAAUUAAAGACUUUGGAUGAAAAGCUAAAUCAGAUGAAUGAGACCUUACAAACAAUUAGUGUAAAUAAUAUAGUUGACCGGCUCGCUGGAACAGAAGACAUGUUAAGUAUUUUGUCUGCCUCUGUUAAUAAAUCUUUUGAAAAAGCUCAUGAGGAUCUUAAAAAGUCGAAGCUACAGUGGUCAAAGAGGACUG